AUUGUAGCUGUGAUUGAAGGGGGUUAAGGUUAACGUGCUGUAAAGCGUCACAUGAUAUUCCUCUAUUCAGUAGUUUUACUGGGGAAUUAUCCAGAUCUCCUGUGGCAGGACAUGGGCUACCUGUGAGGGUUAGUGACCCCUUUUUAACAUCAUGUCUGCGGACAUUUUUAUGUCCAAGUUUAUUACGCUGGUUUGAACUGCUCUCACGAAAGCACUUACCUACUCCGCUAUGUAGCUAGGCAGGCAGUCGGCAACAGACGGGAGGCGUCACUGUCUUCUGAUAAAACCUCUGGAAACAUUCAUUUGUACUAUAUUUAAGGAGCAAGCCGGAGUUUGCAGUUAUUCCAGCCACUCUGUGAAGUUGUGAAGCUUGUGCGGAGGCAAGUUUCACUAUGACAGAGCGGACUCCUCUUCUCCACUACCGCCUCUCCGCCAGCGUCAAUGAGUCCGAGCAGCGGUCACCACCGGCCGGGCAGGCCCCGGAGCAGCAUCCGGGCAGCCCCAGGCAGAGGUCCGGACACCAGCGGCAACCGAAGAAACUCUCCAUCUUCUUCGGUGUGGUCAUCCCCACCUUGCUGUCGAUGUUCAGCGUGGUGCUGUUCCUCAGAAUAGGGUUCGUGGUUGGACAGUCCGGACUGUACCAAGCCAUCGCCAUGUUUCUGGUGGCCUACUUCAUCAUCUCCAUGACCGUUUUGUCAGUCUGUGCCAUCUCCACCAAUGGAGCCCUGGAUGCCGGCGGAGCCUAUUACAUGAUAAGUCGAGCGUUGGGGCCAGAGUUUGGUGGCAGCAUCGGCAUCAUGUUCUUCCUAGCCAAUGUGUGUGGCAGUGCUCUGUAUGUGCUGGGUCUGGUUGAAGCCAUUGUUGCCACCUUUGGAGUGCCAGAAGAUGGAACUAUGGCCACUUCUUCCUACCAGGUCCUGCCAUCGGGCUACUGGUGGUCUCUGCUCUACGCCACAGCCAUCGCCCUGCUGUGCCUGUUGGUGUGCCUGGUGGGGGCCCACAUCUACGCUAAGGCCACCUUCCUCAUUUUCCUAGUGGUCAUGUUUGUCCUGGGCACCAUCUUCGUCAGCUUCUUUGCUGUAAGCCCUCGUACCAUUCUCCUGCCCAGUACUGGAAACCCGGCAGCCAACCGAACUGGCCCGGUGCCUCCCACAACAGCUAACUUCACUGGCUUCAAGUUGGAGACACUCCUCGGGAACCUGUGGGCCGACUACACUCUGGAUUACACAACAGGAUAUAUGAUGACAUUUGCCACAGUUUUCGCUGUCAUGUUUAAUGGCUGCACCGGCAUCAUGGCUGGUUCUAACAUGUCAGGGGAACUUAAGAAUCCUAGCUACUCCAUCCCACGUGGCACCAUCACAGCUGUCAUCUUCACCUUCAUCAUCUACAAUCUGCUCUGCGUACUGGUGGCCUGCUCCUGUGACCGAGUCCUGCUUCAGAGUGAUUAUAGUUUCCUAAGAGACAUCAACAUCUGGCAUCCCUUUGUCACAGUCGGUGUGUACUCCUCCACUCUUUCUGCUGCCAUGAGCAACCUCAUCGGAGCCUCACGCAUCCUCUACGCCCUGGCCAGGGAUGACUUGUUUGGUAAGGUGUUAUCUCCAGCUAAGAAGACGUCCCACAGCGGUAACCCCUGGAUGUCGGUGCUCAUCUCCUGGUUCCUUGUUCAGCUGGUGCUGUUCUCAGGGAAACUCAACACCAUCGCCAGUAUUGUGACCAUUUUCUUCCUGUUGGUGUAUGCUGCCGUGGACUUGGCCUGCCUGGCUCUGGAAUGGGCAUCUGCACCAAAUUUCAGGCCCACUUUUCGUUACUUCACCUGGCAUACCUGCGUGUUGGGCAUCGUUGGUUGUGCCGUCAUGAUGUUCCUGAUCAACGCCAUCUACGCCUCGGCCAGCAUUGCCUUCAUGUUGCUGCUGCUCCUGCUGAUCCACUACCUCAGUCCGACAUCCAGCUGGGGCUACAUCAGCCAAGCUCUUAUUUUCCACCAGGUGCGUAAGUACCUGUUGAUGCUGGACGUGAGGAAGGAUCAUGUCAAGUUCUGGAGGCCUCAGGUCCUGCUGAUGGUUUCCAACCCUCGCAGCAGUGUGGGCCUCAUCACCUUCAUCAACGAUAUCAAGAAGAGCGGUCUCUACGUGCUGGGACACGUCCAGCUAGGAGAUCUCAGCACUUUACCGUCUGACCCGCUGCAGUCCCAGUAUGACUCUUGGUUGUACCUGGUGGACCAUCUGAACAUCAAAGCUUUUGUCAACUUGACAUUAGCCAAUUCUGUGCGCCAUGGGAUCCAGCAUCUCCUCUUCAUCUCUGGACUAGGUGGGAUGCGUCCUAACACUCUUGUUCUCGGUUUUUAUGAUGACUGUCUUCCAAGGGACAAGCUUAUUGAUCCGUCGCUGUCUAGCAUUCAGUGCGCAGAUUCCUCAGGCCCUUCGCAGGAGCUUGAGCAGCAACCCCCUCUCUUCCACUUUACCUCCCUGCGGGGGUCCACCGACAGACAGGAUUGUGGUGAAUAUGGCGACGGGAAGGUGCUGGGUCCCCAGGAGUAUGUAGCGAUCAUUGCCGACGCCAUGAAGAUGUUAAAGAAUGUGGUGCUUGCCCGUUACUUCAACAACUUUGACCGAGCCCAGGUCCUCUCGCCGCCCUCCUCCUCCUCAGGGAAGGGUGCCGUGUAUGUUGACGUUUGGCCGGUCAACCUUCUGCGUCCAGACAGCAGCAGCUACGUUGACACCUGCUCAUUGUUCCUACUACAGCUAGCAUGCAUCCUCAACAUGGUGAGAGCCUGGCGCAAGGCUACGCUCCGUCUUUUCCUGUGUGUGGAGGAAGGACGGAGCGUGAGAGGCUCUGAGGAGAAGCUGGGCCAGCUGUUGAAAGAGUUGAGAAUCAAAGCUCAGGUCUACCCCGUGCCCUGGGACCAGCAGGUGGCGCUCCACUGGCAGCGCCAAGGCGAGUGGAGCAAAAAGCACUCGUCUCAAUCCCCUGAUGCCACUACAGAAGAGAAGAAGCCGAGAGCACUUGAGGAAGAGGAAGAGGAAGAUUACGUUAAUAGCUUCCCAAGCAACGCCACACGCCUGUCAGAUGACUACCUGUCAGCUGUCAAUAAGUUGAUCCGUGACGCCGCUCAUCCUGCUCCUGCUGUGCGUUUCCUGUACUUGCCCCGCCCCCCAGCCGAUACCCGCCGCUACACCACCUACUUACACCAGUUGGAGCUGCUGACACAGGACCUGGGUCCCACACUGCUAAUCCACGGUGUCACGCCUGUCAUCACCACUGACCUUUGAGCACUCCACUUCCUUUAGGUGCUGAGAACUGGUGAGUUUAUUGGUGUCACCAGCAGCUGCUGAACGUUUCCUCGGACGGUGUGUUGACCACUUUGAGUGCAGCAUCACUGCAUUAGUGCACAGCAGCGCUUGAGCACGGACGUUCCCACCCAACCACAGACUGAAGAAAAGAGAGCAGCCCUUGAAAAUUGACUCAGACAGGGAUUUCACUGCCUAUACUUGGUACCAUCUGCCUUAGACAAUUUACAGGUACAGCCCAUUUUUAGAAUACUUAAUAUAAGGACCUUAUAUGGUCACUUGGCCACUUUGAUAACAAAAAAUCCUGACUGUAUCCAACAGAAUACAAUGCGAGUACAAUUGUCCAUCUUUGAGUUACAAUACUAGCCAAUAGUUAGAUAAUAAUUAUAUUGCCAGUCUGCCUCUGUACUCCAUCAUUCACUUCUAUAGCCACACAAUAUCUAUAAUAACUCCCGAUCUGAAGACUCGCCUUGUCUCUUUCCUGAAAUUUUCACCAGUUCUCUUGGUGUACUGCUACUCAAAUUAGUUUAGAUAAUCAUUCCAUAGGCCUUCAGAUCAAAAAGUGCCUUGCUAGUUAGGGGACUGAAGUUUGCACUCAUUCCAUCAUGGACAGAAAGUUGGACUGCCUUACAUCUUGGAGCAGUUGUCUACUGAAAAUCUGCUUUUCCAGUAUAGCAGCUUAAAACAAAGGAAACAGCUGAACAAUCUUAUCUACAGUGCUACUAUAGUAGUCUUCAAAGUGUAAUUCCAAAAAUGUUUUUCUUUGUGGGUUCUCAGGAAGACAUUCCUCUAUUUUCCAAAUGCACUUUUCUACGUCCUCUGCCAAACUGCAUGUUGUGCAGCUUUCCCAAACUCCUUAAAUAUGUUUACAGUGCCAAUAACUACUGUGAUUAUCCACAAUAUUUCAUUGAUUUUUUUUAAUGCAUUUUAGCUUCUUUUAUUGUAGGUAACUUUUAGAAUAGUUUUUACUCACUAGUUAACAUAUUGCUUGACCAGCCCAACUGAAGUGCCAAAAUACAUUUUAAUAUUCACGGCCUUGGCCUUUACCAGAAGUGUUUGUAACAUUUAAAGUGAACCUAUGUAACUAUUGCUGAGGCUACAAGUGGCAUUUACACACACAUAGUGUGCCAGUAGAGCAUGAAGUCUUUAAAAACGUACCCUUUAUGGUCACCUGCACAAUAUCUAAACAUAGUUUUGUUUAGGAAAGUAUGCUAUCAUAAGCUGCUUGUCAUACCAGGCCAAGUACUGCAAAGGCCUUUACACACCGAAGACAUGACAAAUAAACAACACAGAGGUGAAGGAUCCUUGUCUGCAAAUAUGUUGCAUCAAAGCUGUUCACUCUGGCAGAGGUGUCAUGUGCCAUAGUAUGCUCCAAUAUGCAAAUUUGCAACAUGAGUGUAUUAUCACUUUAGAGUAAAACUUACCACAGACCAGUCGGAACAGGGUCUGGCAGGAAAAUGGCAUCAGCUUGCAGAGUUCCAGGAGGGCCCGAUGGUAUUAUUAUGGAUCCCACUGACCUACUCUGCCUCUGAAAGGCUUUCGUCUGUCAUGUUCAGGCUUAUUUGUUUGUUAAAAAAAAACAACAACAACAACAACAACAACCACAAGAAAAAGUGGAGCUGAUAUAGAUAUUGUGAACUCUAGUUACCCCUGUAAACACUCCAGCCUAUUCCCCUGAUAGCAAAGAGCUGCUCCGGAGGGUAAGUGACCCUGCGGUUACCAAAAAAACGUCCUUGUUACGAAAAAAAUAUUUGGUUUUCGCUGCAUAAUCCUCCCUUUCUGUGUGAAAGUACUCAUGAUAGAAAUAAGCUUUAAAAUAAAUAUCAAUGUGCAAAGUAAUAGCAGGAAAAUAUAGCUCCGGUGUGCAAAGGCCUUAAGACUAGAACAGCAAAACUAUAUUGACUUGAAAAAAGGUAUGUUUUAUUGCACAUACAUCUAAUUUGUCAUUGGUAAGAAAAUACAUUGGAUAUUUCUUUCGCCAGUAGUUACCUAGACUCACUUUAAACAUAAAAUUGAGUGUUGUAUUUCCAUUCCUUGAUGCAUUUAUAUUUAAUCUGUAAUCUAAAAUCAAUGUCAGUUGUAGGUCUAUUGUGAAAAUAAUCAAAGCGUUGGCAUCUUUUUCUAGAUUCUCUGAAACAAAUGUUUUCAGUAGAAUAGAUUCAUGGAGACAAUCUCCAUCACACUGACUUUGACACAUCUGUGGGGUUCAGAUUCGCAUUUGAAGAAAGGCUGAUGCUUGGACUGAAAAUGAAAUGAGAUAUAUGUUUACUUGUGGACCAGCGGGAUCCUUCCAGUUUUCGUGGAUGGCGUCUUGUUUGGACACUACUCAACAAAAACCAUUGACACUACAUUUCUUCUUCUUUGUCUUGGAUUUUUUCCUGAACUCACAAGUGUGCAAAAAUAAUUCUGCAGACACACUCGUUUACUGAAGAGAUGAAAUGUUUAGUGUUUGAUUUCCUGUUGAAAUAUAGGUACAGUAUAUGUGUACAUUACAAGAUGCAAACUGAAAUGACAUUAAAGACAGAUGUUGAUA